AUGAAACUCUCCGUCUUCUCAUUGCUGUCCUUAACAAUCAUCUCCACCAGGAGCGCGUCCGCUGCCUAUUUCGACCAAUACUCUAGCACAGACUGCACCGGCACCGUCGUCCAGACCAGCUCUCUCAAUCCCGGCCAGAAUCAGUGCUACGAGCAGCUUGGUAGCGCCGCCUCGUUGUUUGUGAGCACGGACGCCUUUCCUUGCACUUUCACGCUCUUCACAGACUCGGAUGGACCGGAUGGAUGCAACUUUGGGAGUUUGACCGGGGUCCUCAAUAAUACUGCGAAUGCGCAGGGAUGUAUAAACUUUUAUGGGACGGGAGAGUUUAUCCUGGGUGUUUGUGGAAGUCAUACAAUCCCAAGUGGUCCUUAUUACGGCGAAGAAUAA